GUGUUUCCGAUGUUUGUUUAACUCUGUGAUAGCGGUGCAGAGUCAGCUCGUGUUUGCUCUCGUCUCCUCUUUUUUCUUUCUAAAAUUGUAAAUAUCCCCGGUCAUCAAUCUGUCGGCCAGCUAUCCAGUUCAGAGUUAUUCCUCCUCGGCAUCACAUUGCCCUUAUGCAACGACGAGUACGUGACGGCGCACUUACAACAUAACCGGAUAUAACCAUGUGUAUUGAUAUCUGGACGCGUUCGCCAUGUGGCCACAGCAUCUACCAGAACACAUAUCACUGCGAUCAUAGCGAAAGUGAAGCCGGUGAUGGGACCGUGUUCUCCGAUGAUGUGGUUGAUCGCCCGACUCUCAACUAUGAGGACGAGCUAUAUCACUACAAGCCAUCGGCAACCGAGCUGAGGCGGCGGCGGCUUUCCUCACUGUCGCUGCUGUCUGGAUCUCCUCCAUCCGGAGUUUCAGUAAAAUCCCCAUGCCGAGUGACGCGGGCGAUCCGGCCGAUCAACGAGGGAGAGUGUGCCGAAUGUGCGAGAAGCUGGCAGGAGGCUCAGUGGCACCAUCAGCAGGCAAUGGCUGGGCGACACAUGCAAAGGCGAGAUUACUUCGACGACCAUGGACAUGUUGUCGGCCACGACACCCUCGAACGCAGUGGCGAGGACCGGCUCGGAGGCGUUUCUGCGACCAGCUCGCCUGGUCUGUCGCGAUCAUGGUAUGGCCCUGGGAGCCCAGGCUUCCAAAGGAGGCAGGGCCGCAUCCCGUCUGCGUCUGCGACACGCAGGCUCGAGAACGCCUUCUUCAUGAUAGCGCAGCGACAGGCCGACUGAUGCAAGGAGAGGUCAACGACGCGCGCUUACCCGACAUGGCUUUGCAAAGAUACAUCCGGACAGAUUGCGGCCAGAAGAGACGGGGGAGGUUUUGACGACAGAGAUCAGACGAGACGCGGCUCUAAUGUUUGACCAUGGUGAAAGUGGCUGUUAGUAAUAGCGGGAGCAAGUCGCAAGGCAGCACGCACAGAAGACACAGAUGUAAUUAGGGCGCCUCCCAUAGAUGCGGGAGGGGGGGCAGAACUUGAUGAUAUCCCUAGUGCAGAGCUUACAGAGCAUGUAAACCAAUUUCUCUUGAA